ACCACAAGCCUGAAACGGCCCAACACGUCCACUGCCAUCACUACACCAAGCAGAGUCUCUCGACACAGGGCAGGUCUCUCUGCGGGCCAGGCUUUGAUUCUACGACCCGCGCUUUCCCCGCUCAGCUGAGAGCCAUAAUCACGUCCCUGCUUGGACGAAAGUGCCUUCCAGCCCAGCGCCUCCCUCGCGGCCUGAGGGGAUUCAUCUCCCCCCUUCCCUAACCUCUCCCCCCGCCAGCGAGCCCGGGAGAGGGGAGCCGGGGCCGGGCAGCCGGCUAAGUGCGCCUUCCCUGUAAAAUAAUCGCUGCCUUUUCGCCGUCGCUCCCCGCCCGGCCCCGCCGCUGCAGGCGGCACCAUGGAGCGGGGCGAGCAGCCGAGCCGGCCCCACGCUGCCUCCCUUAACCGCUGACGCGGCUUUUCUGCAGCUGCUCCUGCUCCACCCUGAACGGCCACCGCCCUUAGCGGGGCGGGGGGAACCUGCCCCUGACCCAGCGGGCACAGCACGUUCUCCCCUCGCCGCCCGUGCCGGGCUCCCCACGGCCCUCCCCAGGGAGAAGGAAAAUCCCUGGGAGCGGGGCAGGGCUGCCGGCACCUGUGCGCGCCACAGGGCUGGGACGGGCCCGCCGGGCGUCUGCCCUCGCACCCGCUGCCUUCCUCUCCCCGGCCCUGUGUGGGGCGCCCCUGCCCGGGCGGGCUCCGAGGGGAGCGGCCCGGCUGGCAAGGCUGGCGGGGGGGGGGAGGGCACAUGCGUACAAGCGGCUCAUUCCGGCAAACACCCCCCCCGCCGCCGCCGCCGCCUUAAAGGAGCUUCAGAGAGCGGCUGCAGCCGAACCAGGAGCUGCCGACCCCGGGGGGAGCCCGCAGCCACCCACGCCCCCCGCUAGAUGGGACUGAGCGCGGCGGCGGCGGCUCCAGGCUCGGAGGGGUUUGGCUGAGCUCGCUCCUUGCGGGGCGGCUCCCCUGAGCCCGGGGCACCGGCCAUGGCCAGGGGGGAGACCUGAGCCCGCCCAGCUGCACCAGCCACCGGGCAGCUUCCCCCGCUGCUGCGCUCGGGCGCCCCCGGCUCCCCGCGGACGUGGCUCCGGCUAUGCCUCGCCUCUGACUCAGCGCUCGGUCCUGGGCCAGGAGCGGCAGGGACGCGCCGCCCCCGCCCCCGCCCCGCGCGGGAAGGAGGGAGGGAAGAUGGCCCUGGACAAACUCUGCUCGGUGCUGGAAGUGUUGUUAAUAACAAUACUUGUAGUGGAAGGGAUUGCUGUGGCACAGAAGACCCAAGGUGGGCAGAAUAUUGGAGUAAACCACAUACCAUCUACACAGUGUGACAACUGGGUUCGGACAAGCAAUGGAGGCCAUUUUGCUUCACCAAACUAUCCUAAUUUGUACCCACCAAACCAGGAGUGUGUCUACAUUUUAGAAGCUGCUCCACGCCAAAGAAUUGAGUUGACCUUUGAGGAACCUUAUUACAUAGAACCCUCCUUUGAAUGUCGAUUUGAUCAUCUUGAAGUUCGAGAUGGACCUUUUGGUUUUUCCCCUCUCAUCAAUCGUUACUGUGGUCUGAAAAGUCCUGCACUAAUUAGAUCAACAGGGAGGUUUAUGUGGAUAAAGUUUACUUCGGAUGAGGAGCUAGAAGGAGAGGGAUUUCAAGCAAAAUACUCAUUUAUACCAGAUCCAGACUUCACUUACCUAGGAGGUAUUUUAAAUCCCAUCCCAGACUGCCAGUUUGAGCUUUCAGGAGCUGAUGGAAUAGUACGUUCCAGUCAAGUAGAACAAGAAGAGAAAACAAAACCUGGACAAGCAAUUGACUGCAUAUGGACAAUUAAGGCUACUUCAAAUGCUAAGAUUUAUUUGAGAUUCCUGGACUACCAAAUGGAGCACUCAAAUGAAUGCAAGAGAAACUUUGUAGCUGUGUAUGAUGGAAGCAGUUCCAUUGAAAACCUGAAGGCAAAGUUUUGCAGCACAGUAGCAAGCGAUGUGAUGCUGCAGACAGGAACAGGAGUGGUACGGAUGUGGGCAGAUGAGGGUAGCAGACUCAGCAGAUUCAGAAUGCUUUUCACUUCAUUUGUUGAUCCUCCAUGCUCAGGCAGCACUUACUUUUGCCAUAGCAACAUGUGCAUCAAUAAUUCUUUGGUCUGCAAUGGCAUUCAAAACUGUGCAUACCCUUGGGAUGAAAAUCAUUGCAAAGAGAAGAAAAAAACUGGACUGUUUGAACAAAUCACCAAAACUCAUGGAACCAUCAUUGGAAUUACUUCAGGGAUAGUUUUGGUUCUUCUCAUAAUUUCAAUUCUGGUGCAAGUAAAGCAGCCUCGCAAAAAGGUUAUAGCCUGCAAAACUGCUUUUAAUAAAACGGGCUUCCAAGAAGUAUUUGAUCCUCCACAUUAUGAGCUGUUCUCAUUAAGGGAUAAAGAGAUUUCUACAGACUUGGCUGACUUAUCAGAAGAACUUGAGAACUAUCAGAAAAUGAGACGCUCCUCUAUUGCUUCGAGAUGUAUUCAUGACCAUCACUGUGGCUCUCAAGCCUCCAAUAUAAAACAAAGCAGGACCAAUCUCAGUUCCAUGGAACUUCCUUUCCGCAAUGAUUUUGCGCAACCUCAGCCAAUGAAAACAUUUAAUAGCACCUUCAAGAAAAGUAGUUACACAUUUAAACAGGGCCAUGACUGCCCUGAGCAGGUCAUGGAAGACAGGGUGAUGGAGGAGAUUCCUUGUGAAAUUUAUGUGAGAGGACGAGAGGAUGCUGCACAAAGCUCAUUAUCUAUUGACUUUUAAUCUCCUGUUAAAGGUAAAAUUGGUAUGUGUGGGUGUGUAUAUCUGACACAUGCUGUGUCUAUAUAAAAAUUCACCAUACAUAGUGUGUAUAGGUAUGCACACUUUUUAGCUUACUGUAUCCAGUUUUUUUAAAAGGAAAUCUUCAUAAUCAAUAAUUGUUGCAGUGGUGGACUUUGCCCCAUCCCCCACAAGCUGCCACUUAGCUUGAGCAACAAAACAGAAGGUUUUGCAUGGGAACUAUUAAGAAUAUUUUUAACUAAAUCUGAAAAUAACUAUUUUUCUGCCCUCCCUUUCAUAUUUCUUUUCCUUUGUUAAAUUAGCUUUCAGACCAACAAUUUUAACUACUUUAAGUAAAAGUGGUGAAAGGCACCACAUUUUGACACAGAUGUCUAUUACCAUUUAUCAAAUUGCAGCUAGAGUUACUUUGGUAAAUGCCAAUUAAGACUAGUUAUGUUCCAUCCACCUGUUGCAUCUUGACUAGUUUUUAUAUUGCUUCCUUAGUCUCUGUGUUCUGUGAGAAAUAUGUGAAAUGGUCUAUUGCCUUUAAACAGUAUUUUAUCUUGGCUAUACAGUAUUCAUUUUAGUAUCUUCGGGAAUAUAUGGCCUUUGCAGUUUGUGGAUUAAAAUUUAACCCAAUUCUCAAGUAUGUCUUUUUAGACACAGACUUUACACAAUGGCUUCUUUCAGGAAGAUGUAGAUUUUCAAAAGCAUAGAGUGGGCGGAUUUCUGCCAUGUGUUAAAGCCAUGCAACUCCAUUGAUUUCACAGGUGUAUAACUAAGGCUCUCUGUUUUUUCCUAUUACUUGCAUAAAGAAAUUCCAUUGACUGUUUUAUAUAUUUGUCUCCUGUAGUGAUCCUAGUACUAUAUUCCUUAUGUAGCGCCCCCCACCUAUUGAAAUCCAUGCUUGAUACACUCAAUUGGUGUCUUAAUUGCACAGAAAGUACAGCCUGCUACGUGUUACACUUUGAGAUCUGUGAUAACUAAGGUGUAUGAAACUGUUGAGGAUAAAGAGAAAUCAAAGUAACUGAAUGAGCUUUUUAGCACUUCUUUCUAGCACUUGUGUCCAUUCUGCAAAAAUGCACAUUUCAUACUUUUUUUAAACUGCAGGUUAGACUUUUUUUUUACAGCACAAGACAAUUUGUAAAAUAAUGGGUUUUUUAGACUUUUGAUGUAAUUUGAUAAUACAAACAGUUUAUUAAAUCAAGAUUUAACACAUGUACAGUAAGCCUCUUUCAGUGUCCCCAUUAGCAGCAUUGAAUAACAGGUAGUGAUUGGUGUGUACAUUGUAAUUUGUAAAGAAUACUUAAUGACAUUAGCCUUUUUACUCCUGUGUGUGUGUUUUUUAAAAAAAAAUCACUAAAUGUGACCUUACAGUUCUCAGUUACUGGACAUAUCCUAUAUUAAGAAAUGUACAUAAAGACAUAAAUCAAACUUUUUUUUUUGGUGCUGACUGCAAUGAAAUUUAAUUCAGUUACUGGAGGUUUCUGCACUGCAAGGACAUAUCAGUUGCUGGGAUCAUAUGUAAAACAGACUUUUUCCUUUUUAAGAUUAAAACAAAUGAGACGUUAAUUGCUGGUUUCCUGACCAGGUAUGAUUUGAUGGUGGGGAACAAAACUGAUUUCUGUCCCUUUAUAGCAAUAGGGUUUAUUUAAAAAUUAGGAACAUUCAUUCUCUGUUUGCUUUAUUACUGUAAGUUGUUCUGAUUCUUCGGUUCAGUAUCUGUUAAAAAUGGUACGUGUCGCUCUAUCAAAGCAAUGCAAUCAGCUUAAUUUACCUAAUAUACAUGGAGAGUAAAUGAAAGUGUGCAGACAUUCAUUGAAAUGUUAUCUGUAAGAUUUUCAUCUCUCAAGAAAACAACAAUUUAUCUCAUCCUGAAUUCCAUUUCCUGUGAAACAAAACACUGGCACUAAAGAGAAAUGCUAAGACCAGCCAUUUGAAAAGAGAAUCCAGCAUCUUCCAUUAGCAUUUUGGAAGUCAUUUUUGGCUUUAAUAGAAAAACACAACCUUUUUGGUUCUUAAAACUUCAAGGAUCCUAUAGCACUGUUCCCAUCCUUUCUCCUAUCCAUUCAUUUCUGCAGUAUUUUGAUUUGUUCUCAGUAUGUGUUUCAUGUGUGUCCCCAUGCAGUCAUUA